GUGAGGGAGUGUCAUGGCAACCGCGGGCGCGUCGCGGCGCUCGGGAGUCCCGCGGAGCCGCUGAGGGCCGGGCGGGGCUGCGGGAGCCUCUCGGUUCCUGUUCGUUGAGGACCACACGGGAGAGGAGAGGCCAAGUAGGAGAGGAGCUGGGAAAGCCAAGUGGUGAUUUUUGGGGAAAUCUCGUGUCACUAUGAAGGCUCUGUAUGCUCAGCAGAAUUCUCCUGGGGAGGAGAUGACAUUUGUGUUCCAGGAAAGGGAGAACCUUCCUCCCAGCAGAGCCCACGAUGUGAAGGUGCAGGUCAGAGCCUGUGCUCUGAGCAGGGUGGACACACAGCUCCUGGCAGAAAUCAAACUGAAGAAGGAACUUGUGCCUGUUGGGAGAGAAAUUUCAGGAGUGGUGCUGGAAGUUGGAAGCAAGGUGACCUUUUUCCAGCCAGAUGAUGAAGUGGUGGGAAUUCUGCCCCUGGAUUCUGAGGAGUCUGGUGUCUGUGAAGUUGUCCUGGUUCACGAGCAUUAUUUGGCUCACAAGCCCCAGAAGCUGUGCUGGGCAGAGGCUGCAGGCACGCUCCGGGACGGGCUCCGCGCGUACACGGCCCUGCACUACCUGGCCCCGGUGUCCCCUGGCACCAGUGUCCUCGUCCUGGAUGGAGCAAGUCCAUUUGGUACCAUUGCAAUUCAGCUGGCCCAACACAGAGGGGCCAAAGUCAUCUCCACUGCCCACAGCCUGGAGGACAAGCAGUACCUGGAGAGGCUCAGGCCUGCUGGGGGAGUGCGGCAGCCUUUGGUGGCCCGGGUGAUCGAUGUGUCCCACGGGAAGAUCGAUGUGGCCGAGAGCUGCCUGGAGGAGACGGGCGGGCUGGGCGUGGACAUCGUGCUGGAUGCCGGAGUGAGGCUGUACAGUGCUGAAGAUGAACCAGCUUCCAGGUGCCAGCUGCUGCCUCACAAGCACGACAUCAUCACCCUGCUUGGGGUUGGGGGCCGCUGGAUAACCACUGAAAGGAACCUGCAGCUGGAUCCUCCAGACAGCCAUUCCUUGUUCCUUAAGGGAGCCACAGUGUCCUUCCUGAACGAGGAGGUGUGGAACUUGUCCAAUGUGCAGCAGGGGAAGUAUCUCGCCAUCCUGGAAGAUAUCAUGGACAAAUUAUCAAAUGGCAUUUUCAGGCCUCAGCUGGAUGAACCCAUCCCAUUGUAUGAAGCCAAAGUUUCCAUGGAAAUAGUUCAGAAGAAUCAAGCAAGGAAGAGACAAGUCAUCCAGUUCUGACACACAACUUCUGAUUUCUCAGCUGGGAAAGAUAAAGAAAUGUAUUUGUGGAAUAAAUCAGUGUACACUUGCAGGCAGUGAACAGAAUUUAAACAUUC